AUGUCUAUUCAGUUUCACGGUUUGCUCAGGACACGUGGAACCCCUUCAAUUCCACCAUCGCCGUCUCCUCCGGGACUGCCUUUUCAUGUGCAUCCACUACACGUGUUCUCCAUCAGUACGCCCUUUCAUUAACGCCGUCACUAAAUCUAACGUCUCUCUCUCUCUAUAAACCGUCGUUACACUGAAAAGCCCGAAUGUGAAGUGAAGUACGAGUAUCAAACUUCGAAACAAUGAAGUCUAUACUUUUGCGAACCGGUUCUGUCCCGGUCCAGCUCCAGUCCUUCGUGCCCGGUUCUCCAAGACUCUCUAUAUCCCUUCACGACUCCGCUGCCGGUUUUUUCUCCGGCGACAAGACCGGUUCGGCUUCGCCGAGAAUUUUGCUGCAUUUGAAUAUCGGUCGCCGGAGUGAUUCUACUCCGGCAAGGGGCAUAAGGAGGGUGUCGUCGGAGUCCGACGUCAUCCUAUCGGAGACUGAAGCUUCGAGGCUGAGCGGCAUUGGAUCGCGCUCUUUUCCGGCGAUAAUACCGGAGGAGGAGUGUAUCGGACCUAUAGGAUCCUUGAUGUUGAGUGAAAGAGAUUUUGAUCGCAGGAAUUACGCCAGUCAUUGGCCGGAGAGUCGAAUUCCGGUGCAGGAAUUAGGAUUUCCAGGCGGCGGCGGCGACGAUGAUGAUUGUUCUACUGGUGUUUCCACCGGCGGCGACGCCGAUCGGAGCAAGAUCGGUGCGUAUUACGAGGAAAUGCUGAAGUCUAACCCGACGAAUUCACUUAUUCUCAGGAACUACGCCAGGUUCUUGCACGAGGUGGAGAGGGAUUUUGUGAAAGCGGAGGAGUACUACGGAAGAGCAAUACUCGCCAGUCCUGGAGAUGGAGAGGUGUUGUCACUAUACGCAAGGCUGAUUUGGGAGACUCAGAGAAACGAAGAUAGAGCCAAGUCCUACUUCGAUCAAGCUCUUCAUGCCUCUCCCAACGACUGUAUGGUGUUGGGAUCCUACGCUCAUUUCAUGUGGGAGGCAGAUGACAAGGAUGACGAAAUUGAGAGCGAAAAUGACAUGUCGGCUACAGCAGCGGCAGCCAUGGUUGAAGCUUUUUAAGGUUUGCUCUUCUGUCUCAUGGUGGUGUGGCUGCGAUCGGUAGACAUUACUCAAAGAACAGAGUAAUAUGAAAUGGAAUUAAAAGAGAUCUUUUUGUUAUGAUAUAGAUAUAAUUAACCACUAAUGUUGUAUUACGUUUGAGUAAUAACAUUAACAAUAACCGGAAUAAUGAGGGGGAAGAGAGGACUCUAGAAGAUAAAAAAUGAGAGAGAGAAUAGAUGGAGAAAGUCUUUUGUUUUUCCUUCAUCCGUUUUGUUGUUUGUAAUUUGUAUAGUACAGUAAUCUUUUCAUGUCCUUUGGAUUAAAAAAAAAAAUUCAAUGACUAGUCUCAAUUUAAUUA